GCUAAUUAAGCUCUUCAUAUGCACUAUUGAACUCUUAGAGGCUCAUUUCAUAGCACUCGCUACGAGUAUUAGCUAGCUAAUUAAUCCAUGGCGGUGGAGAGCGCGAUCACGGUGGUGCUCUCCAAGCUCGCCGCGCACGAGGCCGAGGAACUCCGCCGGAUCGGUGAUGGCAUAGUGCUGCUGCGUGACCGGCUCCAGUGGCUGCAGGCAUUCCUCUGCGACGCAGACCGGAAACGCCGGGCUGGCAUCCCUGUCGACGGGCUGAGCCUUGUCUGCCUGCGCCCGAUGCGCGACAUCACCUUCGACGCCGAGGACACCCUCAAUGACUUGAUCUUCCACCACCAGCAGGCUGCUUUAAGAAGCCAUGGUUACCAAAGUCAGAAAACACCGAUGAGAUACUUUGUUGGCCUCUUUUCCCGGAUGGAAAAUCGACGCGAGUUGUCGAGUCAAAUCAAAAGAAUUAAAGCGGCAUUUGACCAGAUCUUGGAUGAUCAGAAGUACUGCAGGGUCGAGCAUAUAUCAUCGAUGGCACACAAAGGUUCCACCAUGGCCAUUGCAGCGUGGUAUGUAACACCGGCGGUACUUACAACUUCGACCAUGGCCAUUGAAGCGUGGUGGGGUGACCUGGAGAAUGUUGUGGGCUUCGACAAGGACAUGGAGAUUCUUAAGCAGAUAUUGGUCCACAAAGAUGAGGAUAGUCACCACAAAAUGUUCAUAUCCAUUGUUGGGGAGAGUGGUGCUGGAAAGAACACACUCGUACAACUUAUUUGUGAUCAGGUGUGUACUGAGAUGGAUGUUUUAAUCAGGUACAACAUGAUGGCUGGUUCUAGCACAAAAGAUCUCCUCAAAGAUGUGUACAAGAUGGCAUUGUGCCAGUCUGCAUAUCAAUGUCAUGAGAUGGAGGUGGAAGAAGGCAUUGAUAGUAUAAGUGAAAAGAUCCAUGAUUUGCUUAGUACAAAGAGGUACUUACUGAUCCUCGGUGGGGUUUCCUCCAAAAGCACUCUUAAUUGCGUGAGGGCCAGCUUGCCCGACAGUGGCAAUGGAAGUCAUGUGAUGCUAAUCUUGGACAGUGAAAAUGAAGAAGUCGCUUGGCAUGCUAAUACCAUGAAUAGAAAUGGAUCCAAUGGAGUACACAUGAUGACCCCAUUAGAUCAAGAAAGAAGUGCACAACUAUUCUUUUUGAAAGUGUUGAGAAAAGCACAGUAUGAGUCAUGGUUGUCGACCCAUGAGAAGCGAAGAAAACGGAAUAACGAGAGGUAUGGUAGACAUUAUGAGUCAUCAAGAAUGAUUGGGAAUGAGCAUGAGGAGGAGUGUCGAGAUAAUGAAUUCCAGAGAAAUAUUCAUAGUGUGACGGGAGGACAUCCCAUGGGCAUACUGCUUCUGGCUGGAAUGCUUCGGUUUAAGGACAAAUCGAUCCAGUGGGAUGUAAUGAUGCAACAACUCAUGUCUUCAAGGUACUCACAACAAUAUCCGCAUCAGCAGAUGUCCAACACAACAAGAAGGGCAAUAGAGAGCAUCUUCUGGACGAGCUUUGAGGAUCUCCCUAGCGAUCUUAAGUCAUGCUUCUUAUACUUUGCUGCAUACCCCCAGGACACGUGGCAAGAUGCCAAUGAGAUUGUUCACAUGUGGGUAGCAGAAGGAUUCAUCAACAAGACGCCAUCACAACAUGGGAAGACUCUAGAGGAGGUGGGGCACGACUACCUGAAGGAACUUGUAUUGAGAUGCCUUCUUCGGCUGGAAGAGAGGAAACUUGGCGGUGGCAUUAUGGUAGUCAGAGUUCAUAGAAGCCUUAUGAGGUUCUUGCGGUUUGAGAUUUCCGAGACUGGCUUCAUGGAUAUUAUCCAUAAUGUUAAAUAUAAUGUCCUUAUGCGACCAUCAGUGCGCCGCAUCUCUGUCCAGAGUGAUUGUACACCAAUGUAUACCACCAACCAAAAAUUCCCGAAGUUGCAUUCCUUCAUAUGUCACGUCGAAGAGAAGAAGCAUGAAGAAAUUGAAGCUCAGCGGAUGUGGACAAAUAAGAAGAGUGUUCAUAAUGAUAUCAAGUUUCUAUGCUGGUCAAAGUUCCUUCAUGUACUCUCCUUGAAGGGGUUGACGCUCAACGCACUACCGGAUGAGCUUGGUGACAUGAUCCAUCUACGAUACCUAUGUGUCAACUGCCCCAACCUGCACAUUCUCCCAUCCAGCAUUGUCAGGCUACUGAACUUGCAGACGCUCGACAUAAGAAAUACCCAGGUAGAGGAGAUUCAUCGGGAUUUUUGGAAGAUCAAGACACUUCGUCAUGUGCUCGCAAAGACACUGGCACUCCCUACAAUGUCAAUGCCACUAGGUGUGGAAGAACAAGAAGAAGAUGAUGAGGUUGGUAGUGAGCUACAGACACUCCAUGGCGUAAAGCCAGCCUCCUCGGAUUUGGGGGAGUGGACCCUAUUGGACAACAAGAUCACAAGAAACCUACGGUCAUUUGAGAUGCAUGGUUUCCAGUAUGCGAAACAUGGAGGACCUACGUUCAAGGCUGCUCUCCAGAACAUGUAUCUCCUUGGCCACCUGAAUCUACAAGGUGAUGAGAUUCCUUCAUGCGUGUUCACCGACCCGGGCCUUCAGAGUCUUGAGACCAUGGAGAUACAUGGAAAUGUGAGGUGGGAUGACAUCAUUCCGGUGGUGCAUCUUCUUCGCAAAGUCCGCCCGAACCUCGUGCAGCUCAAAGUGCGAGAUAUCAAUGAGGUACCUAAAAUCAUAAUGCAACAACUAGGAACAAUACUGAUCAGAGGUGAUUAGAACAUGCGGGUUUUGUCUUCCUUCUCAAUGCUCGUGCAAAAUAUGGUUUCCUACUUAUGGCUUAAUUUUGUGCUUUCUUGAAUUCAUCAAGGGAAACAAGACUCUUGCAAAUUGGACCAGGAAAAAACCAAGCUCCACGUGGUGUGAUUUAGAGUGUUUUCCUUUUUUUCUCUUCCAAGUGUUCUUCGGUUAAACAAUGUGCAUUUAAUUUUGUUGUUGUUUUGACUUGUUUGUUACGAACUGAAUGUAUCCAUCAUGUGUUAUUGUAAAUGAACCGUUUAUGUAUGUGAAAUAAAAAAAACAAGAAA